AUGUUGCUGCUGGCUCUGCCCCUGCAGGAGGGAGCUGAGGAGGGUCACGACCAGCUUGUGUCCAGCCGUAUCAUAGGGGGGCAGGAUGCGCAGGAGGGUCGAUGGCCCUGGACAGUUAGUGUGCAAGUAAAUAGUCGCCACGUCUGUGGAGGAUCCCUCGUCUCAGCCCAGUGGGUGGUGUCAGCUGCUCACUGCUUCGAUCUCUCUGUGCCCUAUUCCCAGUACCGUUUGGUGCUGGGGGCGCACCAGCUCCUCAAUCCCUCCCCAAAUCAGGUCCUGGCCGAGGUGCAGAAUAUCAUCCCUCACCCCAGCUCCGUUGCUGACAUCGUCUUGGUGAGGCUGAAGGAGCCGGUGGCAACCACAAAGUUCAUCCGUCCCAUCUCAUUGCCUGGGGCCUCCCGUCAGUUCCCCGUGGGGAAGAUGUGUUGGGUCGCCGGUUGGGGUGAUGUUGGAGUGAACAAGCCAUACCCCACAACCCUGCAGCAGUUGGAGGUUCCCAUCCUCAGUGCAGCGACCUGCAACGAGUAUUACAACCCAUUCGUUCCAGGCGCAGAUGUGGAAGCAGUGAAAAGCGGCAUGAUCUGUGCCGGAUACGAUGCCGGCUAUAAGGGAUUCUGCCAAGACGACUCUGGGAAUCCUCUGGUCUGUCAGCAGGACGGCACCUGGUACCUGGCUGGAGUCCUCAGCUCGUUCCUGAACGGCAUCACGAAUGAAGUCAUCUGUUUGGAGGCUGGUUACCCCGGGGUCUUCACUCAGGUGACAGCCUUCGACAGCUGGAUCCAGGGGCACGUGAAUGGCGUGGGCCCCUCUACUGUUGCUUCUCCAGCAUCCUGA